UUUAACUAAAAUCAUCAGACGGAUCAAUUAUAUAAGAAACAUGAUCGCCGCAUAUCGGAUUUUAUUUGGGCUAACAUUUUUUUUAUUAUUUCUUUCCAGCAAAGGCCACGAGGAAACUAAUAUGACAGAAUAUUUGAAAAUGCCAUCAAUACUCAAACUAGAUGAUUACGAUACCUGCCUCUAUCACAACCCUGAUGGCAAUGGAAUAUAUUGUCUAUCUUAUGUUGAAGUUGUACCUAAUACGACAUCAGAAAAUUGGAGAAUCAUAGAAAAAUAUUCGUCUUUACCUAGACAUCGUUUCCGACAUGAUAUUCUUUUCAUUGGUACUUGCAUAAAACGAUGCAAGGACUUAGCAAACAAUUUGGAUGAACAGGAAUUUAAUGAGUUUUACGUUGGUUCAGCUCAACACCAGGAGAUUGUAGAUCAUUACGCUCUAGUUCAUGAUAAUUUGGAAUAUCGCAAAACUCAAUUAGGUUCUAAUAAAUAUACGCAUUGUGACACUAAAAAGCUUAAAAAUUCGAUAGCUGAUUAA